AUGUAAUUAUAUACCUCAGUGUAUCGUUUCUCCAGAUUGGUUCCAAGACAGAGAUUAACCUUAAAUUAGGCUGAUCCCACAAUAUUUGGCCUUAUUUAAGAAGAAAUCAAAAGACAAAGAGAGAGUAUCAACUUGAUUCCAUCUGAAAAUCACAGCUCGAAGGCAGUCUUGGAAGCUUUGGGCUCUGUGAUGUCUACCAAAUACGCAGAAGGUUAUCCUGGAGCCAGAUAUUAUGGAGGAACACAAGUGUACGAUAAAGUGGAAUUGCUUUGUUAAUAAAGAGCUCUAAAUGCAUUUAAUUUGAAUUCUAAUGAAUGGGGUGUCAAUGUUUAAAUGUUGUCUGGGGCUCCUGCCAAUUUUGCAAUCUACACAGGAUUGUUGGCUCCUAAAGAUAGAAUAUUGAGUUUGGAUCUUCCACAUGGAGGUCACUUGUCACAUGGAUAUCAGACUGAAACCAAAAAGGUCUCUGCUGUUUCCAGUUACUUUGAGGUUAUGCCUUACAGAUUAAAUGAAGAAACAGAACUUAUAGAUUAUGAAUAAAUGGAAGUCCUGGCAAAAGCAUUCAGACCCAAAUUGAUAGUUGCAGGAGCAUCUGCUUAUGCAAGAAUUAUAGAUUUUCAAGCCAUCAGAAAAAUUUGCGAUAGUGUCAAAGCAUAUUUAUUAGCUGAUAUUUCACAUACAGCAGGCAUGAUGGCAGCUGAAUAAUUACCAAGUCCAUUCCCAUAUGCAGAUGUCGUUAUGACCACUACUCACAAAUCAAUGAGAGGACCAAGAGGAAGUCUUAUUUUCUAUAGAGUUGGUCAAAAGGAAGUCGACAAGAAUGGCAAACCUAUCAAUUAUGAUCUUAAAUCAAAAAUUGACCAAGCUGUAUUUCCUGGAUUGUAAGGAGGACCCCAUUUCCAUACUAUAACAAGUAUAGCUGUGGCGUUGGAAGAGGCUAAAACCCCUGAAUUUAAGAGCUAUUAAAUGAGUGUUCUAUUGAACAGCAAGAAAUUGGCAGAUGAAUUAUUGAAGAGAAACUUUUCUUUGGUUUCAGGAGGAACUGACAAUCACUUGGUAUUGGUCAAUUUAAAGCCUAAAUCAAUUGAUGGUGCAAGAGUGGAAUCCAUUUUAUAAGCAGUCAAUAUUUCUGUAAAUAAGAAUACUGUUCCAAAGGAUAAGUCAGCUUUGGUACCAAAUGGAUUGAGAAUGGGAUCAGUACCUAUGACAUCCAGAGGAGUUAAUUAAGAUGAAUUUGCAUAAAUAGCUGAUUUCAUUGAUAGAGGUGUGGCUAUAGCUCAAAAGGUGAAGGGAGAAGCUGGACCAAAAGUACAAGAUUUCAAAGAUUGGUUGGCAAAGAAUGGUGACCAACAUCCUGAUAUCCAAAAACUCAAAAAAGAUGUUGUAUCAUUCAGUUCUCAAUUCCCUGUUCCUGGAUUGGAUUGA